UUCCCGAUAACCCAGUUCAGAGAAGAGAAGCCCCAUUAGCUUUACUCUCCUCUUCCAUUCACCAUGGCCUCCAAGCUUUUCUUCUCCCUCCUCGCCCUCCUCGCCCUUGUGGCCGGCUCCCACGCAGGCAGCAUCGCCGUCUACUGGGGCCAGAACGGCAACGAGGGCACCCUCGCCUCCACCUGCAACACCGGCCUCUACUCCUACGUCAUCAUCGCCUUCCUCACCACCUUCGGCAAAGGCCAGACCCCUGUCCUCAACCUCGCCGGCCACUGCAACCCCUCCGCCGGCACCUGCAAAAGCAUCUCCUCCGACAUCCAGUCCUGCCAGUCCCGCGGCGUCAAGGUCCUCCUCUCCCUCGGCGGCGCCUCUGGCAGCUACUCCCUCACCUCCGCCGCGGACGCCCAGAACGUCUCCAACUACCUCUUGAACAACUACCUCGGCGGCAACUCCUCCUCUCGCCCCCUCGGCGCCGCCGUCCUCGACGGCAUCGACUUCGACAUCGAGGCAACCAACGGCGACCACUUCGACGACCUCGCGAAGGCUCUGUCGCAGUUCAGCAGCCGGGGGAAAAAGGUCUACCUCUCGGCGGCCCCGCAGUGCCCCUACCCUGACGCGCACCUUAACACGGCGCUGAAGACCGGGCUUUUCAACUACGUCUGGAUCCAGUUCUACAACAACCCUCAGUGCCAGUACUCGUCGGGGGACAUCAGCAAGAUGACCAGUGCGUGGAAAACUUGGACUUCGAGCGUGACGGCGACCAACUUCUUCUUGGGGGUGCCGGCGUCGACUGCUGCUGCCGGCAGUGGGUACAUCCCCCCGAGCGCGCUCACUUCUCAGGUGCUGCCGGCGAUCAAGAGCACGGCGAAGUAUGGCGGGAUUAUGGUGUGGAACAGGUACUACGAUGGGCAGAACAACUACAGUGCCACCGUGAAGAAUAGCGUUUGAAUUGCGUUGCAUAUAUAGGCAUAUCUGCAGCUAUGCUCAUGUUAUAGUUAAAUAAUGGCAAACAUGGUUGCUUGCCAAGAUUUCUUUCUGAAAAUGCUUGUAAGAGAAAUAAAGAAGUGAUCCUUUUAUCGGAGAAGAAAAUAAAGACAGAACGAACGAUGUUGCAGAAAAAAAAA